GCGCACAAUGCACCGCCCCCCCGACGCCCGCUAGUCAGCCCUGUGAGGGCGGAGCCGGAGUAGCUGCGGGCGGCAGAGGAGAGGGGGCGGGGGUAGUCCCGGGCCGCGCGUGCGCGCUGCGGAGAGCGUCGGUUUGUCUGGUUCCUAUGACAACGGCGCCGGCUUGGAGGCCUCGGCCGCCCGGGACGAGAUGAAGCUGAAGCGGUUCUUGCUGCGAUAUUACCCGCCGGGUGCGGAAUGGGGCAGGGCAGGGCAGGGCAGGGCAGUGUGAGGGGUCAAUGUUAAAGAUGGGGAGCGGGGGAAUGACGACGGGGAAGCCUUACGUGCGGCGGGCAAGCGUGGGCGAUUGAAAGGAGGGGAUGGUGGAGUCGGGGAAGAAAGGGUUAACGGAUAUAUAUAUAGAGAGAGAGAGAGAGAGAGAGAGAUACAAUGACACACAAACACACACCCCGGGAAACACACAUGUGGAGGGGAAAGAGUCGCAGAGUCGGGGGGGGGGGGGAAGGUUUAAUUGAAAGAGUUGAGCCCCGGAACCCAUUUGCUCAGCAGGUCUGUUGAAUGGAAAAGAAGCUCCGUUGCGUUCCGUCUUCAGUGAGAGCUUGUUCCGUAGUAGGUUUAAUGCGUUGAACAUAUUGCAUGGACUGGCAGUGCUUCUAAAGAAGCAAGCAAGCAAGCAAAAUCGAUAAGUGAGCACAGGAUUGCAGCCUCGACCAUGAAAUGUGAAAUAACAACAACAAUAGAAACAUAGUUUAUCUGAGGUUGUGCAGAGUGCCUUUUCCUUAACUCUUAAGUAACCAUGCCUACUCUUUUGGGGAAACUUGUUUCAAACAUGUUCUUGUGCUUUUUAGAAAUUAAAUUAAUAGUUAAUGGGGAAUCAAAGGCAAACGCAGGAACGGUUUCAAAAAGAAAAGUCACUUGCAAGUGCUCAAAGAUGGAACUUACCCCGUUGAAAUGCACUUUUGUGUAUGAGUAUGAGUCCCCCACACUGAAGAUGUACCGGAAUAAUGCACAGUGAGGGCCAGAGUGGUGUCAUGAUUAAGAGUGCUAGUUUAUUAUAUCCAGGUGCAAAUCCCAACUCAGUCAUUAAGCUUUCCAAGUGACUAUCUCAGCCCAAACCUACCUUUUAGGGUUGUCGUGGGAUAAGAUGGGUAAGAAAAUCAUGUUUGCUGCAUUCAGUGUUGUGGAGAAAUGAUGCAAUAUAAAUGUCAUAAAUAAAAUAACUGGGCCCUAUUUGUCUGACCCUUUCUAUCUGUGACAGCUUUAUCUUGUGGUUGCCUAGGAUAACAUUUAGAUGGUUCUGAUAGACAGUUACAUUGACCACUCUGCUGAAGUCAGUGCAUAGGCUUUUGACAUUUAAUAGUUGUGGAGUUUUAACUAAAAGUACCUUAUGGUAACCAAGAUAACUUUAGCAUAUGACAGGCAGUAGGAACACAAAGUACUCAGUUCAUGGUUGUGCACCAUGGGUAGAUAAAAAGCCAUAGCUGCUGUCAGCUGAAAUGAUUUAUUACUUAUGAAUUGAUGUAUGAGGUGACUUGAAGAAAAGCUGCAUUCUACUAAAUCCCUAGUGUUACAAACAUUUGUGUAAUGUUGACAAUUCAGCCAUAAGCCAAAUAAUGGUAUCCUGUAUAUCAUACUGUUUCCUAUAGGGAACAACAGACUAAUAUCAAAGCAUUAGUCUAAUACAGAAUCCACAAAUUAUUUGUAACUGGAUUACCACAGAAUGCAAUAAAGGUAAUGUGGCAGUCAGUUUGCUUCUAUGUAUAUCUUAGUUGUUAUAUAUAUUAGACAGGGUGUCAUAUUUUGCAGAUUUACUUUUAUAUUUGGAAGAUCUCAAACUGGUAAAUUAAGUUGGUGAAGUAGCUUCUGCUUUUCUAUACUAUCAGUUGUUUGGGCUAUGAUCCUACAGUAACCUGAAAGUAUCAGUCUUAGAUGGCCAUGACCAUCUAAGGGCAAGCGUUGAAUUCCCAGGUCAAUUAUUCAGACCAGCAAAUAGCCAUUUAAAGUGUUUGAGCCUUUGCCAUGGACAAACACAAGUGGGCUUAUGCAAGCUACUGUAACUCAACUGUAGCAGGAACCACACUGGUAUUCCUAAAAGAAGCAUUUCUGUUUCAGGGGCAUCACAUAUUGCACCACUUAAUUUUGUUGCUGGAAAACUGGAUUCUUUUACUAACUAGAGUUUCUCCUGUGUUGUGUAUAGUUACAUGUACAUGAAUUGUAUCUGUAACAUCAUUAGUGAGAGAGUUACAACUAUCGCCCCCUAUUUUACAAAGCCUUUAAAUUUUUUAUGUUUCAUUCACCUUAGCAAGGUUGGUCUACCUUUUUCUUUAAAAACAAAAACAAAACACUAGCAAAGCUUCCUCCUUCAUCUACAGCAGCACUUCUGCUAUUUCCCGGGCCGUUUUCCUGUUCUCAUUUUUUAUCUUGUGCCAGAGAAUUCCAUAAGUUAAUGAUGUGGUGUUCUAUCGGAUGAUCCAGAGUUCUGUGUGUAUCAUGAAUAAUUACAUUGGUUAUAAGAGUCAGUAUUUAUUUUUUCUAUGUGAAGACUAGCUGAAGUUCAAAAGAGCUGCUUCAGUGACUGGGAAUCCUUUGCACAUAGAGGGACAUCUGAGAAGAUGUAGGAUUGUGUGGGCUUGUACAUGGACAGUGGAAUUUUGGGCAUUUCCCCUUUGAACAGGAAAUCCUCAAGCCAUAUCACAACACCCUUCACAUUUGAAAAGCAGCUUGCCAUGUGGAAUGGGGGUUGCCUUUGAAGACUAUAAGUUCAAAGAGUCUUUAGCAUAUGCAUCCAGUUUCACAGUUCUUUGGCCCCUGACCUGUGUCUUACCAUGUGUCACUAUAGAAAAUGACAAGAUGUCUGCCUGAUUCUGCUCCCUUAUAUGGUUUAAGUUAGAUGUGUUGCUUCUGAAAUCAAUAGGAUUUUUUUUAUCGAAGGGAAGGUCAGUCUUUGUACUGUGUGCCAUCAGAAUCUAGCUUGAUGCUGAAUUAAUAAUUGUCUUGUUUUGCUUCUUCAAAGGCAUUAUUUUGGAAUAUGUUCAAGGUGGGGAAGUGAAAACCAAAUCUAUAGAUUUACUGGAUCUCAGUGCUGCGUGAGUAUUAUAUUUUGCUGGAUAUUGACACAGAACAACUUUACUGAUAUAUACAAAUCUGCUAAACAGCUAAGAAAUGUAUUGCAGUGUUUUUGGUCAUAUUGAAUAAGACAAUCAUGCUGUCAAAUCAUCCUCUUCCAAGUACAGUCAUUUAAGAUUGAGGUGUUAGUGCCCAAUCCUGUCUCCUAUGGCAUAUCUAGCAAUAUGGCUGCUACUUUCAAUGAAAACUUCAUAGGGUUGAAAAUUCAGGGGUGUGUGGUUUCCAUUUCACAACUGAUGAAGUUACAGCAUUUUUGGAAAGGGCUGUAGCCUUUCAUAGAGAAGGUCCCAGGUUUAAUCCCUGGCACCUCCGUGUGAGGUUGGGAAGGACUCUGUCUGAAACUCUGAAAACUUCUGCCAGUCAGCAUAGAAAAUACUGAGCUAGAUGGAUGAAUGGUCUUACUCAGUGUAAGGCAGCUUCCUAUGUUCUAAAACAUAGUAUUCCCACAAUGGGAUAUAUGUGAGUAACAAAUAUAAGAUGCAUUUCAUGCCUUGUGAGAAGAUCUCCAGCAUUCAUAAAGUGUAUCUGAAUUAGACAUAUAAAGAUAUAUAUUGGCUUUGGUGUUCAUAUUUGUUGUAAACCUCUCUUGCACACCUCUGCCUUGAUUACUUGAUGUGCACUGGCAGGAGCAUGCAAAAGGCAUCUUUCAAAGCCACAAUUAAGACUUGAUCCUGGGAGCUUUCCUGGGCUAAAUUGAAUAUGUCAAAGAAAUGUUUCAGAAAACAGACAUUGGGUUAGAUUUAGAUUAAUUAUGCUGAAGCCCCCUUGAAAUAAUUGGGAUAAGGUUGUCAUGAUGGCUAGCUUUAAGUCCUAUAUUUAUUUCAGCUGGACUAAAGCAUUCAGUGGAACUAAAUUUUCCAUCAGGAUCCAACUCAGCGUCUUAUAUGUAAUAUACUUUUGCAAGCAUAACUAACAAAUGUAGUCCUUGAGCAUGUCAGUGACCUGUAUGGAAAACAUACUGGAUAAACUCCAUUUGUUCAGUGGAUGUUAUUCCCUAGUGGAAUAUAGAUCCUUCAUCACUGAGACUAUCCAUACGGAAAUCCCUCACAAACAGGAUCUAGUUUUGUAAAUUGUAUAUUUGUUCCCUGUGAUGCUGCUGUUCUUUUAACAUACCAAAAGCUUUGAGAUUAUUUUUAGAAUAUUUAUUUUUUUAGCUUAAAGAGAAUUUUAACUCCUUACCUCCCAUGACGAACCCUGAGAAACACAAUGCCAAAGUAAACUUUUUAAGACUAUGUGAUAUUUUUUGACAAAUUAGCAUGUUGUUUGAAAUUAAAACAAAAAACAGGUAUGAGUGCUGUCACUGAGGUUAUUUAAAUUCAAGCAACAGAGUAGAGCUGACCACUUGUUUUAAACCUGCAUGAACAAGUCACUGUUGUUGUUUAGUCGUUUAGUCGUGUCCAACUCUUUGUGACCCCAUGGACCAGAGCACGCCACUAGGAACAAGUCACUAGGAAAGACCUAAACAUACAGAAUAUUCAAAAUUAAUCACAUUCAAGUAGAAAACAUUAAAAUUGUAAAUAAAAUGACUGAAAAAUGGGAAACCUGUCAUAUACUCAAAAGAUGCAAGGCCUAACCUAGAAAUCUAAAGUUUUACAAUUGGUGUGGAUUAUGUUAGUAGCUGACACUGGACUUAGGUAUUUCUAGGUGAACUCAGGAAUUUCCUGUGGCUGUCUACUUCUUAUGUGGGGGGCAAGAAAUUUUGUAUCUAUCUUCCUGACUGAUGUGUGCUCUGAGGCUUCUAUGACAUAGUCCAAUCCUCUAUGUGUUUAUUCAGAAGUAAAUCCCAUAGAGUUCAAUGUAAAUAAAUGUACAUCUGUUUUUAUGGAAAUAUAAAAAAAUACAUCUGUGGAGACCCACAGGUACCCUGCCCCUAUUCUGCGGUUGGCACAUGGGAAAAUAUCAAAAUGACUCCCCUUCCCCCUUUCAUCCUGGUUGAUAAAAACAACAGAAGGAUUUCAUUUUCUCUUAACUUCAGGAGAUGAAAAUUGUGUUUUAAUAUCUUUAAACAUUAUUCUACUUUAGUACAGAUGUAGAAGCCUUAGUAGCAGAUAUAAGAAAAGCAGAACCUCUCAUCACAGCAUCACGUAAAGACCAGGUUGUACAUUUAAUACUGCGACUACAAGAGAAGCUAGGUCAACAGGUGGACCACAAAUUCUAUCUCUUUAAGGUAAGAGCCAUGAGACAAUUUCUGAUACUUGCUUUCAGUUAUGUAAAUACACAGAAACUAGAGGUUUUAAAUGGCUGUUGGUUAAACUGUCCUGCUCUCAGGUCAUUGUGAGAGCUGGCAGAAAUGGAGCCAAAGCAGGGUUGCUGAGAAAGGAGGAGAUAUCAGCCUGCUUAUGCUGCAGUAGACCCUCACGCAAGCCAGUGACCAUGCUCUGUAGCCAUGGAAUGUUAUGGGGGGAUAAUAGAAACUAGGUUGUAGGGAUGGAAUGGAGUAUUCUGGAGGAGGGCAGGGCUGGCUGGCACCCUUUUAAGGAUACACAGCAACAUUUCAUUGCAGGUUUUAGUUGUUUAUUUGAAUAUGGACUCUAAGGAUCAUGUUUGAGUAUACUGAAGCAGCUUAUGAGUGAGGAACGUGGUUAUUUACAUGUUGGUGUUUCCUGUGUUUGGAUAAGCAGGCCUGAGCUGGUUGUGUCCCACUUCCCCAGAGAAUGCCAGUUAGCAAUGUAUUGUGGCUUGCCUCGAGUUCAAUUUCUGCUGCUCCUGGCUGGCCGAAGAAGCAGGUUUAUCAAGCUCCUAGUGGAACACCAUGCAUGAAUAUGGGCUGCAUUCAGGUUGGUGCCUCUCAGGUUGUGCAGCCCUAGUCCACAGACUCUGUAAAGGCGCAAGUAGAAGCAGGUGGUAACUUGUGAGUGGGGUGAAGGCAGUGGUGUCCUCCCAGUGGUGACAAUAAACUUAUUGGGCCAUUUCGGCUAGUUUGGAGCUCUCCCAGCCUCACUGCCAUUGCCCUGAUGACUACAGCACUGCCACUGCCUCUGCACCCCAUGAGCCACUGCUCAGGGGAAGAUGUCACAUGGAAGGCCAAGCCUGAGUGCAGUGGUUUUGGGCUUUUUAUCUAAUAUUCUGUUCUGACAACAGAUCACAUGAAUAUAUUAAUUCUCACACAGUUCCAAUUCUGUGACUGCAAGUUGUUUUUAACUGUUUUUAUUAUUGGAUUUUAAAUUGUUGCAACCCACCCUGAGACCUGCUGAUGAAGGGCAGGUAAUGCAUUUAAUAACAACCACAACUCCUGUGGGUGGUGGAAUUGGAGGUGUUUUGUCUGUUGUCAGUUUCAGUAGCUUUUCCACAAUCUGCAGUACCUUUUUCGGAGUGCCAGAUGGCAGUGUUGAGUUACCUAACCAGCAAGUUAAUUGCUGCUGAUUUUCAGAAAGAGAAUUUCAGCCAGAGCCUAGCCUCUCCAGGGAGCUCACUCAUCACUCCCUUGGUUAUCUCUGCUGAAAGAGACUGGCACCGGGAGCUGACCAAUACAUGAAAGUAGUCAAGCAUGUUGGAAAAUAAGUUGCAGUGCUUGAUGCACAUAUCCUUGCUGCAUUAUGUGGUUAAGUGGCUGAUUUACAAUCAGCACAGACUCUCAGAAAGCCUGUAUUUGUAUGGGGGGUGGGUGGGAGGGAAAUCAUAGGAAGACUAUAUAAAGGGAUGGUCUCUAUGUAGAAUAGCUGUGUGGGAAAAAUUGAUUUAAAUAUGAACCAGAGCUCUUACUGAUGUCCCUUCCUCAUCUGCAUUUGAUGUCAAAGGGUGUGGAUAGAUCUCUUAACAGCACACUACCUUCCAUCUAGCAGCAAACAUGAGGAUCUUUGUUUCUUCUAGAGCGCCAGCUGACAGACAGUCUGUUGCUGAAAUUUGGGGAUCUGAUGGUUUUAAAGAACAGCACAACACGGAACUCAAGCUGUUAGUCAAUGUUUGGGAGAGGCUUUCUUUUUUGCUGAUUCUUUCAUGGCCCCCCUUUUCCCCAAGCAGUGAAAAGUGAUCUGUAUCCUUUGGCUAGCAAUAUAAGGCUGUUUUCUGCUUCUGAACAGGGUGCAGGAUGCAGGGUGGGGUGGGGAAUCUGUCAUGAAGGUUGAGCUGCUCCAUGCUGUAGACCAGUAAAAAGCUGUUUGUGGAAAAACAGCAGUGAGUUUGACUGUUGAUGAAAAUAUGUCAAAUUAGGUACACUCUCAAAACAUCUCAUGCAUGCUUGAGAAUAUCUUGGUGCCCAGAUCAACAGAUCCAAUGUUGGUGCAAUCUGCUCUUGAUAAUAUGUAUAAGGAAGCGGUGUCUCUCACAUUCUCUCACUAUUUGUACUCGACUUUAAGAGUUUUUAAGUGCUUUCACACAGUUGGCCUAGAAAUAGUUUUUCUUUCUAGUCGUUGUCUCAACACCAGCUUCUUGAAUUAUGGCUUAUUUUUAUUUUCGGAAAGGUGAUUACACUGAUGUAGUGUCAUUGCAGUGCUCUACACUUUCACAUUGUUAAAUUGACUGCUAUUUUGUUAUUUUAAAAAAAUAAUAAGUUGAACUUGGCUGGUUCAUGACCCCACAGAUAGGCUACUACAUAAUUCCAAAUCUAUAUCCCCUUCUUUUGUUUUGUCAAGAUGGUUCAAAGUCAGGCGUUGUAGAUAAAUCUUUUAAGAGUUACACAGUACCUUCCACUAAUUCACCUAGAGGCAUGGAUCCAGUUCUGACAGUUGAGCUUUGAAUAUCUGAGAUUGUAAUAUUAUUGGGAGAAGGAAUAAUGGAUAUGUACAGUUAAUUACUCAAAGAUUUGUUACAAGAAAGUUACAGACAAAACUCACUUUACCUGAAUUGUGACAAAGCAGGGAUGAGGAAUCCAGAGGAAUCCAUCAGUGUGCUUCUUUCCUUUGUACAGCAUGCUACAUUCUAGCCAUGCAAUACCAACAGGUUUCUGUUAUCCACACAUACAUCUGUUAAUCCUUCACCCAGGCAGACAAGAAGCACUAUCUCAGCGAGGCAAAGUACCCAAGGAGGCUACAGAUCAGGGCUGUUGAUCAGGGGAAGGGGUGAGGCCUGGUGAGAGUCCUGAGGGUGAGAUAGAAAGGUCUGGAGGGCUGCAUUUGGCCCCCCAGGUCUGAGCGUUCCCAUCCUUGUAAUAAAGAGUGCUGCUGGUAGUGAUUUUCUUGUGCAGUAAUAAGAACUGUACAAAUCUAUUGAGCAUGAGGAAUAAUUAGGGGUAUGCAGUGUGUAAUUGGAAAGAGGACUAGUGUUGCAUUUCCACUUUAUAGCACAUUGCAGUUGCCAGCAACACCUCCUAAAUGAAGACACAGAAUUGGUGUAAACCUAUACCUUUCUUUGCAGUUUCCUGGGUGAUAAAGGUUUUUUUGUUGGUGGUGGUGUUCCCAGCUUAGUAGCAAGCUGUUGUAACAUAACUUAAUAGGGGUUUGAAUGUGUCAUGGAUACAACACGCUGCUAUAACAUAAGGUUUUAAUCCAAAUGGGCCCAGUCUUUCCAAAGCCCCGCUAAGUUCAAUAGGAAAAGUAAAUGUAUCCUUAAAACAACACUACUGAGAUUAAUGUGACUUAAAAGUGCUUAACUUUAGUUUAGCCGCUCCCAUUGAUUAAAAUAAUAUUUAAGUAUUUAGAUUUGUGAAGGCAAAUACCUAGGAAUGUAAAGAAAAUUAUAUUACCUUUAUUUUCUAAUUUCAGGUACUCCGGGCUCAUAUAUUGCCACUGACUAAUGUUGCCUUUAACAAAUCAGGUUCUUGGUAAGUUUGGGUGUUUAAAUUCAAACUAUGCAUGAUCUACCAAGGCUUAUCGAAAUAUAAACUGAAUACUAUAUAGUAUUUUACAGUCUAUAAUUUCCUCUGCUGAUAUUCUGGUUAUUAAGAUAAUUAGUAGGAUUGGAAAUGCCAAAAUCCAACAUAUUUAGUUAACAAUUCUUAUUUUGUAAAAGAAAAUACAGCAAAAUGACAGUGGAAAAUGUAAGAUAUCUCUUGUUUUGCCUCCCUCCCCUUGUAUUAAAUCUCCAGUUGUUCUCCUUAUACUCUUCUUGCCUGGUCUUUGAUCCUUCAUCAAAUCAACUGAGAAAACUGAAAGGGGAUGGGGAGCAGGGGAAAUACGUAAAUUACAACAAAAACCCAACAUGUUUUUUAAAAUAUCAUUAAUUGAGAGGAACUUAGAAGCAGUAGAGUCAAUUCACAAGAAUUUGUAUUUUUUCUGAUCCCUCUGAGAUGUUUUAGCAAUGUAGUCAGCAGUGGCAUAAAUUGUGGGGUGAGGAAUAUGGAAGAAAUGUUUCUUAAACCUUCCAUUCUUCUUGUCCACUCUAGUUUUAUCACUGGAAGCUAUGACAGAACAUGCAAACUUUGGGACACUGCUUCAGGAGAAGAGUUACGUUCUCUGGAAGGACAUAGGAAUGUGGUCUAUGCAAUUGCUUUCAAUAAUCCGUAUGGGUAUGCAACUUUUCAGAAUCUUUGAUCUUUAAAGCCCUAGAUGGCCUCAGCACAUUAUUUCUUUGGUACUCUACAUCCAAAUCAUUUUAAUUCUUCUUUGUAAAUCGUUUUUUACUUUCCCCUUGUACUCUGUUUCAUUCUUUAAAAUUUAGUGACAAGAUUGCAACUGGAUCAUUUGACAAGACCUGCAAAUUAUGGAGUGUAGACACAGGAAAGUGCUAUUACACCUUUAGGGGACACACAGCAGAAAUAGUGAGUACAGGAGCUUUGGAAUAAUCAUUACUACAUAUGGUACAAUCAAAUUCUUAAAAACCUCUUUAAAGUUAAGUGUUGUUUUCUCUGUUAUUCUCAGUGAAACUAUGCUAACAAGUACCACAAUACAUGCUACUAUUCUCAAAAAAAUCUGGGACGAUAAUUUGUACCUACUUAAGUGAAUAUAUGGAGCAGUAGUAGCUCCAUGUUUGUUGUAACAUAUUUUUCCUGAUUCUGUGGCAUUAUCAUUACAAGGUAGAAUGGGCUCCUUUAUUACUGUAAUUACAAUGGACAUUGUCCCUCCACAUGGUCUAAUUGUGAGAGUAAAAUUCCUUCCUGUAUCCCAAGGAAAAUAUUCCAAGCAAUCAAAUGAGUGAAUCUUUAUUACCAGCUAUGAUCCUAUGGCUGUCAUGUUUUAUUUUACAGGCCUAUAAACAGUCAAUGGGGCAAUGACUAGAAACAGUUACUGUCAUGCUCUAACAUAUUGUGACUGGGACCAGUACCUAGGAGAACAGAAAAUCCAAGAAUUUCUUAUAAAGGUUUUCCUUCUCUCUUUUUUCCUAACAGGUUUGCUUGUCAUUUAAUCUUCAAAGUACAUUGGUUGCUACUGGAAGUAUGGAUACCACAGCUAAAUUAUGGGACAUACAGACUGGAGAAGAAGUAGUCAGAUUAACAGUGGGUUGCAGCUCUUAUUAGUGAUGACUUGGGUGUUUUUUUGUGAAAUUGCUAUUAAAAGAGCAGUUCUUAAUUAAAAGAGCAGUUCUUAAUUAUCAUUUGCAAAAGUCAGAGAUGAGAAUUUAUUCAGAACUCUUAGCAUAUGUAGCUAAAUAAUGCAUUAAGCAAACAUAAAGGAAGACUGAAAGCUGUGAUACUAAUUAAAAACCAUUAAAUCUUAAGUGCAGAGCAAUCCUGUGCAUAUUUAUUUGGAAAACCUACUGUGUUCCGCGGGGCUCCCUCCCAGCUAAGUGUGAAUAGGAUUGCAGCCUAAAUAACAUAUGUUUUCCAAAUUCUGUGGCUUUACUACUACAAGGUAGAAUGACCUGCUUUAUUAAUUAAAAUGAACUGGUAAUAUUCUUUGAAACCUCUCCUGCACUCAAAGGCACUGUGUAAUUGCUUUCAGAUCUAUUAUUACCUGGGAUUAUAAAUAAAGGGGUUAUAAUAUACCCUGUAAGAUUGAAGAGAGCUCUCUUAAUAAUAUCACAAAUACAUGUAGACAGGUAUUGCUAUUGGCUGCUUCACAGUUUUUAAAAAUCUGCACAAACUUUGGAUGAUGGUGUAAUUCUAUCCCUGCAAGAUGCUCAAUUUUUAAAAUUUCAUUUUUCUUCUGCCUUUCCUCUCAGGAGGUCAGGGAAAUAUUUAAAAAUAUAUAACAAUUUUGUAAGGUAGGCUAGUGUUGAGAGACAGUAACUGACCCAGGGUCACUGAGUGAGAUUCAUGAUUUGAAUAUGACGAUUUGAACCCAGAUAUCAGUGUUAUUUAAUUAACCUUCCCACAAAGAAAUCAGAAUGAAUGCUCAGUAUAAUAGCUGACUGUCUAACCUCCAUGAAAGCAACUGAGACUGAAUGCUCAAUAAGCAGGUUGUCUAAAAGUGACCCAGGACCUUUUAUUACAUGAUACUUUGCCCAUCCAGACUGGGAUUUUCUAUGUUCUUUUUUGAAUCUUUGGGGGGGGGGAGGUUUUUUGAAUAAAACAUAAAGUUGUAUGUUUACAGACAACUGGAAGGACUUUUUUUCCAGGAUCACUUUCCAUAAAAUAAUAGUAACAAAGAAAACUAAACACAGAAUCAUUAAAGUUUGUACAUCUUUAUAAAUCCUAGAUCAGGCAUAGGCAAACUCGGCCCUCCAGAUGUUUUGGGACUACAACUCCCAUCAUCCCUAGCUAACAGGACCAGCGGUCAAGGAUGAUAGGAGUUGUAGUCCCAAAAUAUAUGGAGGGCCGAGUUUGCCUAUGCCUGUCCUAGAUUAUUUCUACAUAAAGAUCUUUGUUUAAACUUUAAACCUUCUUUUUAUAACUUCAGGGGCACUCUGCAGAGAUUAUUGCAUUAUCAUUUAAUACUACAGGAGACAGGAUCAUCACUGGUUCCUUUGACCAUACAGUUGCAGUGUGGGAUGUUGGCACGGGCAGGUACUAUUUUAAAUCUUGUUUUAUUUCAUACUUUACAGAACUCUUAAAAUUAUUCUGUACAGGCUCUAGAGUUGUUCAAAUUAUAAAUCUGCCUUUAUUUGUUCGUAUUUAGUACAUUUCAAGCAACAAUAAGCUUCUAGAAACCAGGAAGAUGAAAACUAGGCAUAUUGUUUCUCUGCAAUUCUCCCUAGCAACAGUUCAAAGUUCCAUCUGCCAGAGAGCUAAGAUAAUAGUGUGGCAAGUUAUGUAGCAUAUUAUAGCAGAGCAGUGAAGGAUAUAUAUUGUGAUAUUAAUCUUAGACCUUUGUUUCUUCACCUGGGAGGCUUGCAUUGAAUAAUCAUGGCAUGAGCUUUCUUAUAUUGAAUUAGACCAAUGGUCCAUCAAACCCAAAUAUGACUAGCAGGUGCUAUUCAAGGUCUGCAAAGAGACCUCCCCUAGCUUUCAUGGGAAACUAUGGACCUAUUCAGUAUCAUGAAACUAAUGCAUCUGAAUAACAUUUUGUCAAAUUGAUACAGUGGAAACAAUAAAAGCCUUAUGAUGAUCAGCAUUAUGAUGAUAACAUUCAUUUCCCAUCUUAAGUUAUCGCUGAAGGGUCAAUAUAAUUAAUUUGUCAAUAAGUAAUUUCGUUGUCCCCGAAGGGGGCAAUGACAAUAAAGAUAUUAUUAUUAUUAUUAUUAUUAUUAUUAUUAUUAUUAUUAUAAAUACAUGAUAUGAAUUAAAUAGUGUAAUUGGUUUGUGAAUAUUAAUAUAAUUUUUUUUAAAAUUACCACAAGCAAAUAGGAUUUUUUCCCCCUUCAGAAUAUUUGCUUUUGUGAUGUUUUCAUUUGGUGCAACCAUUAAUUAAGGUGUCUCUAUGUUGCUCAGUCCCAGCUCCUGCCAACCUAGUAGUUCGAAAGCACGUCAAAGUGCAAGUAGAUAAAUAGGUACUGCUCCGGCAGGAAGGUAAACAGCAUUUCCAUGCGCUGCUCUGGUUCGCCAGAAGCGGUUUAGUCAUGCUGGCCACAUGACCCGGAAGCUGUCUGUGGACAAACGCCGGCUCCCUCGGCCUGUAAAGCGAGAUGAGCGCUGCAACCUCAGAGUCGUUCGCGACUGAACUUAACAGUUAGGGGUCCCUUUACCCUUUACCUUUAUGUGCAGUCUAAGAAGGACCACAAGUUACACAUAUUAUAUAAGGGAACACCCAUAAAUGGUUGUAUAGGUUAUAAAGCACUGAACCAUAGGAAACACAUGAAUACACAUGUUAAAGAUUGAUUGUGUACAGACACAAACACAAAAACACGGAUGCAUGAGUGAGUGGUAUGACUGCAGUGGUAUUCAUUAAUGGUUUCUUGAAUUGCAGUGAUGACUAUUCUGUGACCCCAAAAACACACUGAUUUACAUUCUCUGCAGUAUACAUACUCAUUAAGGUUUUCUAGGGUUUAACUUAUAGGAUCUAAAAUGAUCAUUGACAACUAAUUUUCACACUUUCUUCAAAGUGAAAUAUAUAUUAGCCUGCCCUCAGUGGGUCUGGUAGAUGGAACUGCCCACCUGUGAAUCACCUGGCAUCAAAAUGAUGUCAGGUGAAGCAUUUUACUUUGCCCAUGUGGCUUCAAAACUCUCUUUAAUGUAUUUAUAUGGAGAACUAUAUAGCAAGCUAUAAAACCAGCACCCUAGAGUUCUUUUGUGCUGUAGCAACAGCUUGGCAUCUGUCUGUCUCGGAGACAAAGGAGAAGUGUUCCUUUGUGGGUAAAGUCAGUUUGUUGGAAGGUUGCAGCGCCUGCUGUAGCUGUAGAAACAGGAGAGACCCGUUUUUGUUGCCGCUGGGGUAGAUGAAGGUGUCUGGUUGUGCUGAUGCAGAUGCACCACCUCGUUUUUUCUCUCUGCACUCCUCCCAGCAGUCAUUCCUCCUCUGCUCACUGCUAUGGGUACCCAACCUCAGUGUCUGUCUCAUCAUCUGCAAGGAGUUCCCACACAGCGGAGCUGAUGCUCUCAUCCUUCAUGUGACAUUUGAAGACAUCUUUGUAAUGCAGAAUUGCUCUGCCAACAGGAUUGAACUAUUAUUGCCCUGUGACUUUAUAUGUUCUGCCUGUGUAAUUGUCCACUCUUGAUUAUCUAUGAGAUAACUAGUAAUACUUGAAUUAGACUUUUUGCCUUGUGCAGCUGAAUUGUAUCUAGGUUGAAAAAUACUAUUUCUAAACAUGCAGUGGAUAGGUGCUAGGGAGUCAUAACCAGCUGAGACUCCCAGAUGUGUAUCCACCAUGUGUCCUUGUGUAUUAUAUGGGAACAAAUGUGCACUGGAUAAUUUUCUCAUGCUAAUUCUAGUUACAGUAGUUGGCAUCAGAAAAUUUCUAGUUUGCAUUGGAAAAUCCUCCGAUGCCCUAGAGAGUGAUCUAAUUUUGCAUGCUUAUUUUACUUGUGUUUAGUAACCAAAUGCAAAGCUUUGAAACUGUCAACUGCCUAAUAUUGUAUUUGCAGUUGGAAUCCAAUCACUUACAAACAUUUUUUGUGUGUGUAUGUGUGGAAAGUUUAAGCACUUGAAAAAAAUUCUUAACAAAUUCCACAGAAAAUUGUGUUAAUCAGAUCUGAGGCUUCUGAAGAUUUACGUAGACUUGCACGUGUAGGUCAAAUUGUAAUACGAAGGCUGCAAUCCUAUGUAUAUUUAUUUGGGAGGACACCUCAUUGAACUGUGACUUUUAUUGCUGAGUAAGCAUGCAUAGGAUUGCACUGCAAAUGACUGGGGAAACAUUAAAGAUUUAACCUGCAGCAUUUUGUCUAUUUCUUUUUAUAGAUGCCCCUUUGCAUAAUACAUUUCUAUUUGAAUCAACCACAUAACAUGUUUUUUAUUCUUUCCUGGCAGGAGGAUGCAUACUUUAAUAGGCCAUCGUGCGGAAAUAAGUAGUGCACAGUUCAACUGGGACUGCACUCUUAUAAUCACUGGAUCAAUGGAUAAAACAUGCAUGGUAAGAUAGUUGGAGCCCUAUUAAUCUGAUUUAUUGCUCUCAGUAGUAUACAAAAAAUAAUCAUAGUAUUGACUAAUCCAUACAUUUGUGGGUCUGAAUCCAGGAACACAUUCUUCUUGGCCUGCAUGAAGAAGUGUGGGGAAAAUUAGCUUUUCUCCCAGAGCAGGUACAGAAUAAAGGUGUAGGUUUACUCUUACUUCUCUUUAAAAUAAUAGACAAAGGGCAUGUACACACUGCCUGAUAAUAUGCAUUCAGUGCUGGAUUCAGAAAACCAAAAUAUUUCAUUUGGAACAAAAACAAAUUAAAAUUAGUUAAUUGUGAUCCACUUUGCCUAAACCAAAACAAUCUCAACUCACCAGGCUCUUAGCAGGAUUCCUUGUUCACAAGUAGGCCUUUCUUCCUUGAAGCUUUCCUCUCAAACUCUCCAGAAUCUCUGUGUAUCACCUGUGUAUCAUCUGCUUGGUGAACCCACCUCUUGGCUAUCCACCUGCUUAUAUAGCUUCUCCCUGUCUGUCAUUUGAUUCCCUCCAGAGGCUGCAGGAACAAGGAAGCUGGGAGCUUUUAAUUUUCCCACCCCUAGAGACAGGUGUGCAGUUAGUCACAUCAGCAAUGGUGGACCCUAUGCCUUGAUAGUUUAUUAGUCCUGGGGCACCGGCUAAGACUCCACAUUAACCCUAUACUUCCCAAAUGAGCAGACAGAUAAAAAGAUGCAUUCCUCUUUUAUAGACAAACAGUCCAGGACAGUAAAGUCCAAUUCCUUUACAUUCCGUCUUUCUUUAAAAAGGCCCAAAGUUUAUCCCUAAAAAUGCCCCGCCAGUUCAUUUGCAAUAUCACACUUCAAAAGAAAGAAAUACAUAAAAUAAGAGGAACACUAUAGGCUAGCCUGGUUUAGGGAAGAAACACCAACAUUUAUUGACUUCUGGGGAGUUCUUUUCUUUUUUCUUUUAUUUUCUAGCCUUUAUUGGCAUUAAGAGUUGAAUCUGAAUCAGCUGCUAGCAUGGAAAUGAAUUCCAGGAGAUAUCUGGCUUGUGCUGGUAACACGUCAAGCAAAAUAUUUGUUAACCUUGCUUUCUGCCAAAUCUGUGUGCUCAUACGAAAGAACAAAUAGUGAUUGACUAGCUACACAGGCCGCAAGCAGUUCAGUCAAAUAAAUAAAGAAGCUGAUUUGGGUUCCCUGUCAUUAUUUGCCUGCAAUUUUGCUUUCUGUCCACGUUGCAGUUGUGGAACGCACUGACUGGCAAGCGUGUGGCAACAUUAACAGGCCAUGAUGAUGAAGUAUUAGACGUUUGCUUUGAUUACACUGGCCAGCGUAUUGCAACUGCCUCAGCUGAUGGUAGGUGAAAUUGAUUUUUUUUAUUAAAAUGUCUUCAUCCCGUGUCAGCUGAUUUGAAGAGCAUCUCUUGAGGGGUAACAUGGCAACUCCCAGUAACUCCUUCUGUGCAUCAUGGAUGACUCCACAUGAGGGCAAAGAAAGAAUCCUCUAAGAGAGGAACUCUGGUGAGGUGAGUGCAUGUUCUGGAAACUGGCUAAGUUUUCUAAUACAGCCAAUCUUAUGGAAAACCUCCAUAAUAGGACCAAGGAACGAUUAUAUCCAUAUAGUGAGCCAUUUUUUACGAGUUAUGUGAUGUGCUCUUUGGCAGCUUUCUCACAGGGCUGUGAUAUUUAACUCAGUCUUCUGCCCCAAGCUAUCUCCUAUAUCGGAUCAGUCUAACGAGUCUAGAAGCUUCCAAACCAUUUUCAUAUGAGUGCCGCCUUCUCAUAAGACCAUGCAGUUUUAACCUGCUUUCAGUGACCACCACAGAACAUCAAAAGUUUAUAGUGAAAGAGUAUGCAUGGCAACUGUAUGUACUCCCAUAUAGGGAUGGGAACAAAUUCAGUUUACAUUUCAAGGCAAACCCACCUAAUUUGUACUUUCCCAGACAAUACAAGAAUGUAAAAACAACCAUCUUUCAAAAUUUGAAGUCUGAAUUUUGCUGUCCGAUCAAAAAUGCACAUACUAAAGUGUACAUAUAAAACAUAUUUUGUUGAUUACGUUAUAUUAGUGAAUAUAUUUUUGCAAAAAUGCAUUAUAUUAGGGGAAAUUGUAUACAAAAAUGUGUAUAUUAGGCUAUAUUUGGAAAGGCUGAUGAAUUUUCAUGAGAACUUUAAAAAAAUCUGCCAACUGAUACUGAAAUGUUGAGAAUUGUACUUGAGAUUUGAAAAAUGAGAAACUUAAGGGAAACCAAAAUUGACAGAUUCAACCAUCCCUUCUCUAAAUCAGUGGGCUUUGAGUUGCAGCCAGUCAUUUCUAACAUUUGCCUUCUCUGGUUCUUGACAAAAUUGCAGAUGCGUCAACAGAUAAAUGCCUAUACUAAACGCAUGAUUAUUUUGUUUGUUUUCUACUGAAGGAUCAGCAAGAGUUUAUGAUGCAGAAACAAAAAAAUGUAUAUCAAAACUUGAAGGCCAUGGAGGAGAAAUUUCAAAGGUGACUGUUGUUUUAUUUCUCUGUGCUGCUGCCCUGAGUAGAAUGUUGUUCUAAAUUACAGUUAGCUUUGGCCAUUUUGCUUGUUUGUAUGAUCUCUCGCUUCCUGGGUAUGAACCAGGAAAGCAACUUCUCUCCCUUGCUGUUUCUUAUAGUGCUUUAUCACUUUAUGUCUCCAGUGUCUUAGGAAAGUACAGAGGUUAGUAUUCUGUUAUAAAAGCUGCUAAUUGAAAAACAUUCUUGCAGUUUGAGUGAACAAUCCUGCAAGUACAUACCACUGCCCAGUGGGACUUACUCCUGAAUAACUGGAGGUGGGAUGUCAGCCUUUGAGAUUUAUGUGAGAUUUGUGAGGGCGUUCAGGUUAUCUAUUAACUUGAAUAGAAAGAUUUUUUUGGUGAAACUGGGUGAUACUCUACUGCUACCCUCCUUUCCUAGAAUUUUAAGUACAGUUGCAUUAAAUACCAGCAUGAGUCUGACCAAACUGCGGGAGGCAGUGGAAGACAGGAGUGCCUGGCGUGCUCUGGCCCAUGGGAUCACGAAGGGUCGGACACAACUAAAUGACUAAACAACAAACAACAGCAUUAAAUAAGACUGUAUCUCUGUGUUGGGCUUUUCCAGCUGCAAUUUUUAGUGUGGUUUUUCAUGCAUGUUUCAUAUGGUAAUGUACAUGAUAAGAAAGCUACAGUCUAAACUACACCUCUCUUACAUCCUUGGAUGAUGCACCUUUAUAGUAACCAGAAGCAACAGAAUGUAGGCCUACUUUUAAUAGUGCUAUAAAAAGGGAAUUUGGGCAGCACAGGAAGAUCAGCUUUUAAAUUAUCUAUAUUAUAUAUGCUGAACAGAAUCUUUCCUCAGGCCAGUUUAACCUUGAAAGUAAAAAAAAAUUGAAAAUAUUUGCAUAAAUGUAUAUAUACGUUAAGGGACGCGGGUGGUGCUGUGGGUAAAACCUCAGCGCCUAGGACUUGCUGAUCAGAAGGUCGGCGGUUCGAAUCCCCGCGGCGGGGUGCGCUCCCAUCCUUCAGUCCCAGCUCCCGCCAACCUAGCAGUUCGAAAGCACCCCCGGGUGCAAGUAGAUAAAUAGGGACCGCUUACCAGCGGGAAGGUAAACGGCGUUCCGUGUGCUGCGCUGGCUCGCCAGAUGCAGCUUGUCGCACUGGCCACGUGACCCGGAAGUGUCUGCGGACAGCGCUGGCUCCCGGCCUAUAGAGUGAGAUGAGCGCACAACCCUAGAGUCUGUCAAGACUGGCCCGUACGGGCAGGGGUACCUUUUUAUAUAUAUGUUAGAGACAGAUGCUUAGGUUGUUCUUAAAUCCAUACUGCAUGAGCAAGAUGAAGGCAGACCAUACAUAUGUUUCCUGAUUUAUGGCAGUGUUGUUGGCUAGAUACUCUGUUUUGUCAUUUAAUUUUUGGAGAGCAGUGACAGGUUCAGUAUCUGUUUGGAUGAUUAAAGGAAAUAUUAGUGUCUGUGUGAUGAAAUUUGGCAGCACUGUGAUAUGAUGAAUCUAAUAUAGCAAGGAUAAAAUUGUAUUUGCAGAUUAAAAUUUCCAAUUUCUUUUUUAGUUCCAAAAGCUUAAAGAGUAGUAGUAAUUAUAGUUAUUUUACAUAAAAUAAAUAAACAUUGUAGACUCAAUAAGAAAGGAAGAAUUGCUACUGAUUCUAUAGCUUUUUUAAAAAGCAGAAAGCUAUUCAAACAGAAUAUAAAACGGUUUCCAUGUAAGGUUUUGGAAUGCCUGUCUUUGGAUUUUGCUUCCUUCUUUGAAAAGUUAUUUUUAUGAGUUUCCUAAGGAAAUAACUGUUCUACAUCCCACAAUUUUAUAUGUACUUCAUUAAUGUUUCCCAUUUGCUGUGCACAUAUGAAAUGACAAAUGUCACGAUUCAGCUAUCAGAUGUGUCCCUAAGUUGAGAGGCAGCAAUAGGUAAAGGUUAAAGGACUGCUGUCAAGAAUCGGUUUAUGUGGCUCAUGAAUCUAUGCACUAAAGAGAUGCACUAAGGCCUUUGGAGGACUGCAAGGAGCCUCCAGAGUAACACUUAGGUUUAAACUGACCUAUUUGGUAAAGGAGAGAAAAGGGCAGAAAUUAUUGAAUAAAGGUGCAGGUGGAUGAGAAAGAAUUUUAAAUUUUUGGAAUGUUGAUUUCAAACAUGAGGCUAGUCGCUAACUGAAUAUUAACGUCACAAUUAUAUUUGGCUACUGAACUCCUCAUUGCAUAUGUGACUGUAAUUCAUUAUUCUCUCCAUUGCUCACUUGGUGCCUUCACUGCAUAUCUUUAGGCUCCAAGCAAAAUGUUUCUCUAUAAGCAGACCUUUGGCUGAAUAUUCUAUGGCCUUUUAAAUGUGUUUGUGGGAGGGGGGCUAUUGGUUUGUUUUUGUUUCCGUUUUUAUCAUGUAUUUUGUGUUUUCAUCUAGUAUUUUUGUGUUGUGAACUGUCCUGUGAUUUUCAGAUGAAGGGCGGUAUACAAAUUUGAUAAAUAAAUCCUAAAUAAUCCCAGAGUUAUUAUUUUGAGGUGGCAAUUCCUUCCUACCUGAGCAAGAUCCUUGAUUACUGUCUUGGAUCACUUUAAGUCAUUGUGCUGGCUUGUGGAACUGGGAAUGUUUCAUAAGUUACUGUUUACCGUAUUUUUCGCUCUAUAGGAUGCACUUUUUCCCCUCCAAAAAUGAAGGGGAAAUGUGUGUGCGUCCUAUGGAGCGAAUGCAGGCUUUCGCUGAAGCCUGGAGAGUGAGAGGGGUCGGUGCACACCGACCCCUCUCACUCUCCAGGCUUCAGGCAGCUAUCCACAAGCCUUCGGAGCCCGGCGGGAGUUCCUGCCGGGCUUAGAAGGCUUGCGGAUAGCAGCAAGCUCCGGGAGCAAAGGCAAGGUUGCGUGCAACCUCGCCUUCGCUCCCGGACCUGUUCUGGGGGCUGGGGUCGGGGGAAGCUCAGGCUUCCCCCGCCCCCAGCCCCACGGCUAAAAACGAAGCCAAGACAGCCAGCGGGAUGGAUCCCGCUCGCUGUCUUGGCUUCUUUGCUCUUUGGGGCUGGGGGUGGGGUGAAAUAAAUAUUUUUUCCUUUAUUUCCCCCCCCUAAAAACUAGGUGCGCCCUAUAAUCCAGUACGCCCUAUGGAGUGAAAAAUACGGUAGUUCUCAGAAAUGUAAUCCCAAAUAUAAAAUAUGGUACAGCAAGUGUUGUAAUUUUUGAAAGGCUCUUGUUUAGCAUUAAAACCAGAAUUUAUUCACAGAAGCCACCCAUGAUUGAGCCACUUUGUGAAUAUUUGUCUACUUGGAAUCAAGUACUUCACAGGAUAAUGUGUGACAUGACCCUUGUUUUAAGACGAAAGACAGAAAAGCUCUUUGCUUUGGAGGGUUUAUUAUUGAUCAGCCCACUCCAGCCUCUGAAUCUACCCCUGUAGAUAGAAACUGGAAGACAAAAUAUAUUCAGGGGCUGUUGUCUCAGACUUCAAACCUGCGUGAACCAUGGUGGACAAACUUUAAGAUAAUCAAUGACACUUCCUUGCCUCUUUAAAAACUAAUUCUUGUUUCUUUGUUUUUAAAAGAUCUGUUUCAAUCCUCAAGGCAGUCGUAUUCUUACAGCCAGCUCAGAUAAGACAGCUCGGCUUUGGGAGCCUCAGACAGGACAGUGCAUUCAAAUACUAGAAGGCCACACUGAUGAAAUAUUUUCGUGUGCUUUCAAUUACAAGGGCAAUAUAAUCAUUACAGGUAACUAACAGCUAUAUUGAAAAUUGUCCUUCUACUUGUUUACGCUAAAGUGAUGUCAAAUAAGGACAGUUUCCUGGUUUCUGUUGUCAUACCUCAUUCAGUCCAGUUCCGUUGAAAAUUUGGAUCAAACAGUUAUUUCUGUGGCAUAUUGCUUUUCCACACUAGUUGAAUUGUUUCAAAACGGGGUGCUGGCCUAGAGAAGUUGGUUAAGUAAGUAGGGUGGGGUGGGGGAAUGGGACAGCCAUUGGAACAAGAAAUUUCAACAAAUAGAUAUGGCUCCGCUCUUUAAACUUUUCACUGGGAGGAUGCAUUAAGGCAACCUGCAAAUUUGAACAGCUAAAUACAUUUUCCUGUGCUAUAUACAUUUUAUUUGCUAGUAUUUCAUUGAUUCCGGUGGUGCUUUCCUCUUUCAUCAGUGGAGGUGUUUUUCCAACAUUGCAAUAAGAGGGGAAUGGGGGCAUACCAGCAUUACUAAGGCAAUUGUAAUCCUAGAGCCAAAUUUAAGAUGCCUUUUCUACAGCAUUUCAACACAACUAGUUUAGAAUUUGUACAAGAGUUAGGUUGGCAAUUCUUAGAUGGUGGCCUCGGAUUCACCCCAAGAUACUGAUAUGUGGGUUGCAAUCUGUGUUGGCACCUUUUUUCUGAUAGAAGCUCUAUGUCUUUAACAACAACAUUGCAGACAAAUAUUCAUGGGAUGCACAGAGAUUUAGUGAUGAGAAAAGGUGCACCUUUUGAAUGUGUAUGCCUGUUGGGUUCCUGUUAAAAGCCCAGAACACAUGAAACUGCCUUAUGCUCAGUAGUUCUGUCUUUUCUGAAACUAAGUGCCUCUCCAAGAUCUCAAGCGUGGAAAUUUCUCAGCCUUCCUACCUGAGAUUUUUUUUGAUCUAGAGAUAUUUGGGCUUCAACUUGGGAAGUUCUAUAUACAAAGCUUGUGUUGUCUCAUUCUUUUGAAGGAGAGAAGUUUGCAAAGUGUCCUUUGCUAAACUCUAAUUCAUUCAACUGCGUCAGAGUUGGAAGACAAGAUUGCCAAUGAAUUUGAGAGCAAGAGGUGUAUUUGAAAUAUCUCCUGCCCCAAAUAACAGGAAGCUGUAGUUUUAUAUUAUAGAUAUAUGAAUGACGUUUGAAAUGUUAAUCUAUUACUUUUCUUUCUAGGUAGCAAGGAUAAUACAUGUAGGAUAUGGCGCUAAUUGAGGACAAUCUCUGACCCGACUUCCCAGUGGCUUUUAUAUGAGGAGCUUAUUAUACAGGCAAUAACUACUAAGCCCUUCAAAAACCUGUUUUCUGCUUUUGCCUUUUUAAAAAUGUUACUGAAGUAGACUUAUUUCCUGGACUCGUGAAAUUAGCAAUGUUAGCUAGUUAUGUGAUAGGUUCUACUCUAAUAGCAUUGAUAUAUGUGUUAGUGACUUAGUUGCGACAAGUGGCAUUGUUUUCUUUGUAAUGGUUUUUAGGCCGGUUGGGUGGGGAAAAGGGGGAGGGAAGCACCGUGAUCUUAUUAGCAAUGCAUUGCCUUACUUGAAUGCCUCUCACAUUUGGUUGGAUGAUUUUUACUAUGCUUAAUUUUUAUUUAAUAAAAAUAUUUAAAACACUAUAAAA